AUGGAGCGCAGAGUAGAGGGGCACGGCCGAGACGUCUGGUGCUGCUCCAUCAGCUCGGACGGGCUGAGAGUACUCUCUGUGUCGGCCGACGACACGCUGCGGCUCUGGCGACCAGAGGACGGCUGGAGCACGGCCGAGAUCACCAAGGCAGGCAGCGGCAUGCAAGCCUGCACGUUCUCGCCGGACGGCAAGCGUUUCCUCGCGGCAUGUGCAGACGGCACGCUGCAGGUGUGGCAGACGGAUGACAGCGCCUCGGACGGCUGCCGAGCAGAGCGUGUGCUGCGAGGGCACCGCGAUGCGGUGUUCAGCUGCGGUUUCUCGCCCUGCGGGGAGUGGAUCGUGUCCGGCUCCGACGACAGGACGCUGCGGCUGUGGCGGCUGGCGCCCGGCGCCUCGCCCGACCUGCGGGCCCCCGACGAGCCCCACGGCUCGGGUGCGGCCCCGGCCUUCGACCUCGACUGUCCGCUGGCUGACCCGUACUUGGCCGCCUGGCGCAACAUUUAUUGGCGGUGCUGGGCGAUCUUGCGCGCGAACACGUCGGCCUGCGCAAUUGCCAAGUCGCCUGAUGUCAACAUGUCGCAGAUAUCGUUCAAAAUCAAAAUCAGCUCGCACUGGUCUACAAGCGGGGGCCGGGCCGAGGGCAGCCCCUGCGAGGGCAUCGGAGGGGUGCGGCUGACAGAUCCGCGCACGGGCUUAGUCAUGACGCCACCUGGUGUGGCGCUGGUCCGCGCGGGUGCUGCAGUCGCGCCUGCUGCGCUGGUGGUCUGGCGACGCCACCCUGCCGCUGGUCUGCAACGCCUGCCCCUACCUCUUCAGGCCCUCGCGACUUCCAACGCCAUUUGCCGCUGCGGAGCGCUACCUGCCGCGGCUGUGCAACUGCACCGGCCCGGUGGGCUGCAGGUUCCCGCGGAGCGGCCCUGGCAGCCGCAGCCGCCUCGAAUUCUGCAGGAUCCCAGUCACCCUGGAAUGACGCCGAGGACGCUGGUGGCCACAGUGGCAGUGCGGCGGGGCUGGCCGUGUGGCGCGCGGGCGCUGCGCGGAGGACAGACGCAGCCUCGCCGCGGCUUGUGUUCGGUGGCCCUGCCGGAGCGGGGCGGCCCCGCCGGCCAGCUGUGCUGGGGCCUCGGGAGCCCAUCGGUGGAUUUAGCACCAGCGGCGCUGCGGCUGGCGCCGUCCCUGCUGCCCCCCGGGUGCUGGGCGGCGCAGGGCGCCGAGGACGGCGGCUCGCCGAGGGGCUGCUCGGAGUACGAGCUGAGCGUCGGCAAGAUUGCCGACACGCUGCAGAAGGACUACCCGGCAAUCUUUGAGCGGGAGCCUGACUUCAGCGUGUAUCAGGAGCACGUGUUGUUCGCGCUAGGCCAGCCCUUCCACGUCCAGAAGGUGGUAGAUUACCACAGAGCUCUCUCCUCUUUGCGCCGGCUUGGGAAUGGCGUCGUCAAAGAUGCCAAGGUGCAUUGUCAAGUCUGCGACGGGAAAGCUUAUGGCUAUGCUUUGCGGGUGUACUGGAGGUGCGUCGGAAUGAGCUAUAUGUGGACCCCUUUGAAUAUCUCCGCCGUCUCGUUUUACUCGGUGGAGAAGGAAAUGCCAUGUGCGGAUGAGAACGAGUCGCGGCUCCCAUACAGAAUCAGCCGCCAUGUCAUCGAGUUCACUGAGAUCAGUCCGCCAACGAUCCGUAGUCUCCUGCAGAACCUCUGGUGGAGGCGUCAGGUAGACCAGCGAGGGCCCGUACUUGCACUGAGGCCUGUGCCAAGUCUGAGCGCUGCAGCCAGUCUUCCACGACGCGUUGAGUUCUGCAACGCAGGCUGCUUCAGCGCAGCACACCUGCGGCGGUCGUAUCACUCCGGGGAUUCCGCCCACGGCCGCGCACCGACUCCGACGCCCGGUGUCGCGUGCCAGGGCACCCUGUCUCCCUUCGCCUCCUGGUGGUGA